CCCCUCUUCCCCUCGGAGGGCGGGAGGGUGGUGCUGGCAUGGCCCUGGGCUGCCCAAGAAGCCCCCCCGGCCUCCCCUUCCCCCUGCUGCUGCUGCUGCUGCUGCUGCUCCUGCUCCUGGUUGAGCUCCCAGCCAGGGCUCUCGCAGCAUCAUUUUAUGGUGAAAGCUAUGUGCAGUUAAAAGUUGCUGAAUCCGCCUCUACAAUAUCAUUGAAAUUACGUUUUGUAACCAGUAAACCAGAUGGAUUGCUUUUUCUUGCUGCAGGAAAAGAUGCUUAUUUUCUGGUGGAAUUACGUUCUGGAAAUUUACAUGUCAGAAUCAAUAUUGGAGCAGGCGAGCAAGUUCUCUUUUCUCGAUGGAGUUCUCAAAUAAAUGAUUUAGUGUGGCACCUUGUAGAAGUACAUCCUGAAGGAAAUAAGAUUACUCUAGUUAUUGACAAAAAGGAUCAAGUUAGUGCAAAACUGCCUGGAGUUCUGCCUGAAAUAAAGCUUGAACAUGGUCUUUAUCUUGGUGGGAGUGGAAACCUUGAUGCUCCUUACCUCGAUGGUGUUCAAACUAAUUUCCGGGGAUGUAUUGAUGAUGUGAUAUUUAACAGCCAUGACAUCCUAACCUCCCUGAGACCUUCUUCUAGAUUUAAAAAUAUUCAUGAAGUGUCACUGAGCUGCAGUGAUGAAUUUUUUGCAAGUGAAGAAGAACCCAUUAAUUUCUUUAGCUCCAAGUCAUAUGUUUCUUUUCCUUUGUGGAAUGUCCAAGCAGGAGGAGUCUUGGAGUUUAUGGUGCAAACCACAGCUCAGAGAGGCUUGUUGUUCUACAGUUCUGGUCCAAUAGGAGACUUUGUUGCAAUGGAAAUUGAAAAUGGUCUCAUUAAAAUUCAUAUUGGAAAAGGGAAGGAUAGAACUCAGCUUUCUUCUCUCACCCCAGUCAAUGAUAACCGCUGGCACUCUGUUGAACUGAAAUUUUCUGCAAAAUAUAUCCAACUCAUGAUAGAAGAGGAAACAGUAAAAGCAUCUUUGCCCUCACAGAGUAAACUUCCUGUUCUUAAGGGGUCCCUUUGUAUAGGUGGAGUAAAUGAUGCUGUCCGGGCAGAAGUGCAGAAACUAGGGUUAGCCUCAGUUUCAGGGAGGUAUGCUGAAGGAGGAUCAUUCAGAGGCUGCUUGAGAGAUUUGAAAAUGGACUCGCAAAGGAAGACCUUGAAGAAUGUCCUUGUAACUAAGGAUAUUUCAGUUGGAUGCAAGUCAGAGAGCGACCUCACUCCAAAUACUAGUGUAGCAGCUGUUGGAACAGCAGCUCCAGCUCAUGAUAUUGGCACUGCAAUUUCCAAAUUCCAUGGGAAAGAGAGUCAUGACCAUUUUUUGAUUGUCAACAACUUAAUUGUCCCUGAAGGGGGGCAAGCAACUCUUGAAUCGAAGCACAUUAAAGUCAAUGUGGAAUUCAAGAAACUAGGCAUUCGUCAGUCACAGAUUGUUUUUAAAAUUAAAAACCAGCCUUCCCAUGGCCAUUUGAGGUUGAAUGUUGAGCCAGAGCAGGAAGAGUCCACAUUUACUAUGCUAGACUUGUGGCAAGGCAGAGUUUUAUAUGUCCAUGAUGGUUCUGAGGAAAGCUAUGAUUAUUUCACUUUCUCCAUUUCUACAAGCAGUAAAAAAGAGAUGCCUCCGUAUUUGAAAGGAAACAAGGAUUAUAUGUUUACCAUUACAGUAAGACCAAUAAAUGAUGCUCCAGAACUCAUACUCCCAAAUGGAAACUUGUUUUUUUCUCUUAGAACACUCUAA